AUGCCGCCCCGACUCGCUCUGCGCACCCCUGCGCCCCGCCCGCCGCCGCUCGCCUUUCACCCGCCGCGACCCCGCCCUCGCUCAACCGCACCACGCCCGUACGCCAGCUCGAGCAGCCAGUCGUUCCAGUGGGGAGUCGGUGCAGGAGCGGCCUUGGCCGUCGCGACCGCAGGGCUCUACCUCUAUUCGCGGUCACCGGUGCUUCUCGAUGCACCUGGACGGCUACCUGUCGUCGAGCGCCGCAAGGGCGAGCGCACCAUCUCGGCGGCCGAGGUCGCCAAGCACAACUCGCGCGAGUCGCUGUGGAUGUGUAUCGACGACGAGGUGUGGGACGUCACGAACUUUGUCGACCUGCACCCUGGCGGCGCAAAGGUCAUGGAGCAGAACGCCGGCAAAGAUGUCACCAAGCUGUUCAAGUCGCUCCACCCGCCCAACACGCUGCGCAAGUUCCUGUCCGAGGAGGACAACCUCGUCGGCCGCAUCGCCGUCGACGAGGUGACCAAGAUCGGCGGCGGCAAGAACGCCGAGGACCUGCGCAUCGAGAUGGCGAGGAACGAGCUGCGCAACGUCGACACGGUCGUCAGCAUCGACGAGUUCGAGGAGCUCGCCCAGGCGAUCCUCAGCGACAUGGCCGUCGCGUACUACGGCACCGGUUCCGAAACGGAGCAAACUUUACGAGACGAGCGGGACGCGUGGCAGAGGGUCCGCUUCCGCCCUCGCGUCCUCCGCAAGAUGCGGCACAUCGACACGAACACGACCUUCUGCGGUAUCCCUACGCCGCUCCCGAUCUUUGUCGCUCCGGCAGGCCUCGCUCGUCUCGGCCACCCGGACGGCGAGCAGAACAUCGUUCGCGGCGUCGCGCCGCACAACAUCCUCCAGGUCGUGUCAUCGGGCGCGAGCUGCUCGAUCGACGAGAUCUUUGCCGUCAAGGAGCCCGAGCAGAACCUCGCGUGGCAGUUCUACGUCAACAGCGACAAGGAGCUCGCCGAGCAGAAACUCAAGAAGGCGCUCGAGCUCGGCGCAAGGGCCAUCUUUGUCACCGUCGACGUCCCUGUCCUCGGCAAGCGCGAGCGUGACCUCAAGCUCAAGGCCCGCUCGCAGAACUACGAGCACCCGAUCGCGGCGCAAUUCAAGGAGGCGGGCAGCAAGGUCGCCGCGUUCGACGCCUCGGUUGGCAAGCGCGGCGUGUCCGACAUCCCCGACAACGCACACAUCGACGCCAACCUGAACUGGGACGACAUCGCCUGGAUUCGGGAGCGCGCCCCGGGCGUGCCCAUCGUCAUCAAGGGCGUCGGCUGCGUCGAGGACGUCGAGCUGGCGCAUCAGUACGGGGCAGAUGGCGUCGUCCUCAGCACGCACGGCGGUCGUCAACUCGACGGCGCACGAGCCCCUCUCGACGUCCUCAUCGAGGUGCGGCGCAAGCGCCCCGAGCUCCUCAGCAAACUCGAGGUGUACGUCGACGGCGGCGCACGACGAGGCACCGACGUCGUCAAGGCGCUCUGCCUCGGCGCUCGCGGCGUCGGCUUUGGCCGGCCGUUCCUCUACGCCCAGUCGGUGUACGCCCACGAGGGCGUCAGCAAGGCGGUCGAGAUCCUCGAGGCCGAGGUGCACAUGGCGAUGCGGCUGCUCGGCGCCAACACGCUUGCCGACCUCAAGCCCGAGAUGGUCGAGUGCUCGUUUCCCGAGCGGUGGGUGCCCGAGUAG